ACGGCCGGGAGAAAUUGAUGUGGCCGAGCCUGGUGAUGGAAGUUGGGACUGAGGGAUGGUUAGACCUGCUGCGCAGCGAUCUGGGCUGGUGGUUCGAACACUCCCGAGGCUGGACCCAGACGGUGCUGCUCUUGCUCGUCGACUCGACCCAGCAAAGCGUGUAUCUCGAGCAGUGGUAUCUCGGCAACCGGCCCAAGCCAUUACUUGUGUCAAGAAAGACCAUCCGGUGCACUCAAACAGACGGCCCGGAUCUCUUCUUCGAAACUGUGAAGCUGAUGGAUCUGACCCCGCCCGAGUUGCCGUGGUUUUUUGUCGAGUGGAAGGAUCAACUGGCUAGUGUAAAGCGGGGUUUUUUGUUGGAGUGAUGUCUGAUGCAUCAU